GUUAACCGCAGCGGUUGUAGGGGAAGCGGGGCAGCUCACCCUCGAGAGGAGACUGUUGAGGCUGAUAACUGUCGCCGAUAACCGGACACAAGCACUGUCUUGUGGGGUAUAAAGACACGGGGGCGACGCAUUAGCGAGGCGGGAAGCCCUCGGUCCCGUACGGUGAUGCUGAACAUGUGGAAAGUCAGAGAGCUGGUGGAUAAAGCCACCAAUGUGGUGAUGAACUACUCUGAGAUUGAGUCCAAAGUAAGAGAGGCCACUAAUGAUGAUCCCUGGGGACCCUCUGGACAACUGAUGGGAGAAAUAGCCAAAUCUACCUUUCUGUAUGAGCAGUUUCCAGAGGUGAUGAACAUGUUGUGGACCAGGAUGCUGAAGGACAACAAGAAGAACUGGAGACGAGUCUAUAAGGCUCUGCUGCUGCUGGCCUAUUUGAUCAGGAACGGCUCUGAAAGAGUGGUGACCAGCGCCAGAGAACACAUUUAUGACCUGCGAUCUCUAGAAAACUAUCACUUCAUCGACGAGAACGGGAAAGAUCAGGGCAUCAAUGUGCGUCAAAAAGUGAAGGAGAUGGUGGAGUUCGUCCAGGAUGACGACAGGUUGAGGGAGGAGAGGAAGAAAGCCAAGAAGAACAAAGACAAAUACAUCGGUGUCUCCUCUGACAGCAUGGGAGGGAGUGGCGGUGGAGGAGGAGGAUUAGGAGUAGGAGGAGGAGGAGGAGGAGUGAACCUAAAGAACUCCAAUGAGCUGGAUCGAAACAAAUGGGACGAGGACUGGGAUAAGAGCAGAGGAGCUUUUCCCUUCAGCGAGAAACUGGGAGAGAUCAGUGACAAAAUAGGCAGCACUAUCGACGACACAAUCAACAAGUUCAGAAAGAAGGAACGGGAUGAUUCGCCCGAUAGAGUCAGUGACAACGAGGAGGACCAGACGUCUAGGAACGGUCGUCAGGAAACUCUAGAGUUUAAAGAUGAGGAGGAAACCGUCACAACCAAGAGCAUCCAGAUCACACAGGCCACAGAAACUACAACCACCACCACACGGAAACGCAGCGGAGCGCCGAGCAGCAAGACCCUGGAUCUGGGGGCUGCGGCUCACUACACCGGAGACAAGAGUCCAGAGGACAAGUCGUCAGGGAAUCAGUCGUCCAGCGGUGGUAUCGCUGACCUGUUAUUGAUUGACCCUUCACCUGGUCAGAGCAGUACAGCAGGUGGAACGUCAGAACUUAUCGCUGGCUUUGCUGACUUCUCCUCCCCCGCAGCCUCUGCCACCCUCCCAACAUCCACUGCUGCAGUAUCAUCCAAUGGAAACGCUGAAUUUGGAGACUGGAGUGCCUUCUCCACCAGUCCGCCUGCAUCGUCAGGGUCGGCUUCUUCUCAGCCCGUCACUGACCUGUUUGGCAGCGUUCAGUCACCCAAAGCUGCGGCCUCUAAUCCAAACACGGUCCCUCCUUCUGCCGAGCUCUUUGACCUGAUGGGUGGAUCCAUGAGUCAUCCGUUGACCAAUCAACACACGACACUGAGUGCGUCUCAGAGUCUGACUUUCUCCCUGGGAGGGGUGACGCCAGGGGCUUCUGUUUCCAUGCCCACCAUGGCUUUCUCUCGCUCUCAACAAAGUCUGGAGGGAAUGACAUCACAAGCACAACAGCAGAAGGUUGGGGUCGGAGGUCAGGGGUCUUUAGGGUCGACAUGGUCUGACCCUUCUGUCAACAUCAGCCUAGACUUCUUAUCAGCGGGACUCAACUCCGCCAAGACACCACCCACUCUCAACAACAUCAUCCAGCAACAAGGAGUGCCUCCCGUCAACCUGUUGUCCCAGAACUUUGGGGGUCUCAAUCUGAGCUCCCCACCCCAUACGACGCCCAUCAGACCUCCUUCCAAUCCCAUGAUGGCAGGCGGCGCCAUGACGAUGGGCAUGCCUACCUCCUUACCUGCAAUGACCACGGGAACAAUGGGCAUGGGUGGGAUACCUGCGAACCAAGGCAUGAUGGGAAUGAACAUGAGCAUGAAUCUGGGCAUGGCCGCUCCGGUCAUGAUGAGUGGAAUGGGAACGUCGGGAGUGGGAAUGGGCCUGACUCACCCCAUCCCCCCUGCCAUGGUUCAGCCUAAACAAGAUGCCUUUGCUAAUUUUGGUAGUUUUGGGAAAUGAAGGCAUAAAAUUGCGUGCGUGCGUUUGUGUGAGAGAGACUGUGUGAGUGUGUGUGUGAGAGAUCAUGCAUGUUUGACAGAAUGGGAGUUUAAACCACGGAAGAACUGCUGUACUUGAAGACAUCCCUGCAUGUUUCUCUCAUUCUCUGCUACUGUUCUUUGGUGAGGUACCACCACUGAUCACUCACCUACUCAGUAAAUGACAAGACCUCUCAAACAGGAAAGAGCGCCCACUGGUGCUCUGUACAGAGCAGGGAAGUGAUUAACCCACAGAUUUUAGUCCUAACUUUAUUCUGAGUAUCAAGGUUGUCAUAUUAACCAUUUUUAUACCGUUUGUCCACUGCACUAUACCCACACUCCUCACAACACAACAGUGCAAAAAUGUUUUUCCUUUAUACACAGGGUUACGUUGGAAACAGUGGAGUCUGAACCGAGGCUCUGUUAUUAAGUUAAUAAGUCCAGAGAUAACGAGAACCACCAGGGGGCAAAAAAUCAGUUUGACAUUAAAGUCUUUGUGAAAAUGAUGCUGCUCUUUAUUUAGAUGACACAAAGGGCAGUUAAUAAAGUUUGACUCUAUUUAAAAUUAGGAUAAAAUUGUAUCAGAUAGUCAAUAAUUUAUUAUGAGACACAAUCUCAAACUCACGCUGUGUCCCUCUUCCCCAAACCUCUGUCUUCCUUUCUGAGGCUUCAAUUUCCAGGUACCUCCUUCAGUUUCUUACAUACAAUCUAUUUUUUUAGGCAGAUCUAGUUAACUAGAUCCAACUAAACUAGUUAACUCAGAUGGAAAUUGUUCAGUGCAUAAAUUAAGACAUGUACAUGUUGUCACUCUGUGUGUACAAUGUAACGGUCACAGUAUUCUCAGCAAAGGUGAUGCCCUGUACCUCCAGCAGAGGACAGAAAGUUGUCGCAUAAUAUCCUUUUCCUUUUUGUUGCCUCAGUUUGUUUGUAGCGGUUCACCACUGGGUGUGCAGGAGGAUCUUGUUUUGUUUUUCAAGC